AUGGAUACACUAUCAGCGCCACCGAAACUCGUUCAUUUGUUCACUUUGCGCUGCGCAGUAGACGCGCCAAUGGAGGUCGGUCAUGGUCCCUAUGGCAGACGACGCUGUGUUCCAAUCAAGUCUGGCUCUGUACAUGGAAACUAUCUGAAUGGCGAGGUGGUGCCAGGUGGCGCGGACUUCAUGUUGGUCGAGGAAGAUCAGACCACACAUGUGAACACCAAUUAUAUGAUCAAAAGCGAUGAUGGUGCUUUUCUCUACAUAAGAACCGAAGGAACACGGGCAGGUCCCCCGGAGGUACUGAAAGCAUUGAUGAAAGGUGGUCCGGUAGAUCCCAGCCAGUAUUGGUUCCACCUUCAUGUGAAGAUUGAAACCGGACAUGAGCGUUAUAAAUGGAUGAACAACCGCGUGAUUGUCGGGCGAGCCACGAGGGCAAAGGGUGAAGUAGCUUAUGAUGCAUACUUCCUGGAAAAUAGCCCAUAA